UAUUAUCUUGUUGCUAACUAGAAAAAGUUGACUUUGUUUCACCAUGAAAAUUUUUUCUUUUAUUAGCUUAGUUGUGGCAUUGUUUGAACAUUGCCUAGCUCUCUUUGGAAAUUCAUCUCAGCAUCGAUUAAUGGCAAUGAGGGCAAGGAUCAUAUCGGUGUUCUUACUGAUUUUAUCGCUCUCGGGGGCGUCCGAGAUGACAGUUGAGCUACCAUUGCACGGUUUCGAUAGUUCGAUUUCCACGUCAAAGUUCCAUCAAAUUUUUAACAACUCCAAGUAUGGCAUUCUGCAAUUUGACAAUGGCUUGGGCAAGACACCUCCCAUGGGAUGGAAUAGUUGGAACCAUUUUGGCUGCUAUGUUGAUGCAACUGUCAUCAAGGAAACUGCUGAUGCACUUGUUUCCAGUGGACUGGCUGAAUUAGGCUAUGUGUAUGUGAAUAUAGAUGAUUGCUGGGCCUAUAAGGAGAGAGUUCUGGGGCUAAUGAUUCCUGAUGCCAAUUCUUUUCCUCAAGGAAUUAAAGCUCUUGCUGAUUAUGUUCAUGGGAAAGGCUUGAAGCUUGGAAUAUAUUCAGAUGCUGGGGAAUUAACUUGCCAACGUCGACCAGGGUCAUAUGGCCAAGAAUUUCGCGACGCAAUGAUGUUUGCUGAUUGGGGGGUCGAUUAUUUGAAGUAUGACAACUGUUACGAUAUGGGAAUCGAACCACAAAAACGAUACCCACCUAUGCGAGAUGCCCUAAAUUCAACUGGCCGAAGCAUUUUCUAUUCAAUUUGUGAAUGGGGGGUUGAUGAUCCUGCAUUAUGGGCUCCAAAGAUCGGAAACAGUUGGCGUACAACAAUUGACAUUAGUGAUUCAUGGGACAGCAUGACUAGUAUUGCAGAUAUCAAUGAUAAGUGGGCAGCCUAUGCAGGACCUGGUGGUUGGAAUGAUCCAGAUAUGUUGGAAGUUGGCAAUGGAGGCAUGACUUAUAACGAAUACCGUUCUCAUUUUAGCAUAUGGGCUUUGAUGAAGGCCCCUCUUUUGAUUGGUUGUGAUGUGAGAAACAUGUCUCCCCAAACUUUGGAAAUCCUAAGCAAUAAGCAAGUCAUUGAAGUAAACCAAGAUCGUCUUGGGAUCCAGGGAAGAAAGAUUAAAGUUUCAGGAAAAGAUGGUUGCCUUCAGGUUUGGGCAGGUCCUCUAUCUGGUCAAUAUGGAUCUGAGAUGAGGUUGGCUGUUGUUCUUUGGAAUCGAUGUUCAUAUGCUUCAAUGAUCUCCAUAACUUGGCUUGAACUUGGCUUUAUAUUAGACUACAUUUUCUCAGUGAGAGACUUGUGGGAGCACAAAUUUGUUCUAAUUGGACGUGAUUCGUUUGGGGCUGAAGUUGACUCUCAUGACUGCAAGAUGUACAUUAUCACAUAUAUCCCCUUGUUUGGAGGCCAAGAAAGCAAUAUGAAGGCGUAAAAGAACUAGAUUAUAUCAUUACUUCGAUAAAAAAUAAAAGAAAGAAAAAAAAGACUACUAAUUAGAGGUCGAAAGAUUUGAACCUAUACCUUAAACUAGCUGGUUUCUUUAUUAGGAGAGACAACGAGCCGUUCGGCCCCCACCGGAUUAGGAAUGCAAAGGCCUUUCUCCUUUGAAAAGAGACUUGGGAAAGAAAUACUUAUAGUUUGAAUGACAGUGAAGGAUAAGAAUAGGUUCCUCUUUAUCCUUAUAAAGUAUGACUAUAAUUAUAAAUGAUGUUUCUAUCUAGAACCUAAAGUGAGACCCUAAAAUCAACCAGUCUCUUCAUCAGGAGAGACGAUGAUAGUUAUUGUUUGACUGUCCUUGAAUAUAACAAUGAUGGUCAACUUAUACUCUAAAUUUACAAUUGCAUCAAAUUAGACAGAAAACUUUGAUAUGGCAAUUUUUACCUACUAUUAAGUUUCCAUUACAUUUACUCACUAAUAUUAGAAAGAAAAUUUACAAAGGUAAUUAUCAAGUAAAUCUUCCAAAAACACACCAAUUUCAACAAAAAUCCAACCUUAGAAGAAAUCUUUAUCCGA